AUGCAAAUCCCUGCAAACCGGCGUGGGCUCGCUCCUCCGCACCGCACCGCCCGUGUCCCGCAGAGGGUCGGGGACAAGCUGCCGGGGCAUCUCAGCCUGGUGCCGCCGCUCCAAGACCUCGCCUCCGGCCUCCUCACUCCUGGAGCCUGGACACCCCCCCCCCUGCCCCGCCGCUGCCCGCGAGACCACAGGACAGCAGCCCGGGGGACCUGGACGAGGGGGCUCCAAGUCGGGGCGUCCCCUGCAUCAGUGUCACCGCGAUCUGUCACCGCGAUCUGUGCGGCCCGGCUUUGUCAGGGAAGGCGCGACCAGCCGUGCCCAGGGCAUCUCGUCCAGGGAGGGGCUCCUUAUCUCUGUGGGAAGCGCACGAGUGAGCACGGCGGGGGCAGUGCAGGGCCGCCGCCCAGGGAAAGUGGGGGCUGGCGCCGGGUGGAGCCGGCAGCCUCCACGCACCCGGGGUGGGAGCGCCCAGGGGCGCGGGCUCCUGUCCGCCUUGUAGCCCCGGCCUGGGCGGGGGCCUGGCCUGCGGGAAUCCCUGCCCUGUCCUCCCUCCGGGUCACUGGCAGCCUCUCCACCUCCCUCUCUAGCUGCUGGGGAGCGGCGCCCUCCCUCGGGGGCUCUGUGGACCCUUCACCUCCGGCCGCAGCAGCACCAUCCGGGGCUUCGGGGUCACUCUCUGCCCGGACCCCAGCCAGUCUGCCCCUCCUGCCCUUCCUCCACGGGUCCCUCCCUCUGGCUACCCUGGACACACCCGUCUCUCAAAACAAAACAGGCCCUGGGCCUCUCCAGGCCGCAUCUUCAUGGAAGGUGCUGGAGACCAUCCUCGAACAGGACCCAGGGGCGCCUGCCUCCCCACAGAGCACACGCUCCGCCCCCCCGCCCCCGACUCCCUUCCUGAAGCCACAGCUGGACUCUGCACGCCUGGCACCACAUCCGGGAACCCCUCAGUGGCUGGCUGGCUGUCGCCCUCAGGAGCAGGGGUGCACACCACACACUGGCGGAGCCCCCAGACUCCCACCCACGGACACUGCCCCUGUGGCCGGCGCUGGGGCACCUCGGCACGGUUUCUGCAGCUUCCUGAGAAGGCUGCCCUGCACGGGGGUGCUGGCUGCAGGCCUGGGGCUCCAGGGCAGGGCUGCCUCCACCCCGCCCCGAUGAUGGGCCACGCACAGGGUGCCAGGCUGUGCCCACAUGUGUCCCGGUGCCAUGGACACAGCCGUGUAUGAGUGCGUCUGUCUGGGUACCCCAGCUGCCUCCCCAUGUUUCCACCCAGCCUGCACCCCCAGCCCACCUUAAGGCUCCAGGCGGGGGCGGGGGGAGGCCAUGAGCCAGCCUUGUCCGCUUCUCCACCCACCGCGCCCCGGGGUUGCCUCCCCCACUGCGACUCCAACCGCGCCCACCAUGGGGGAGGCCCCCCUUUGAAAACGGUUGAUGAGGUUCUUGCUAGCUUGCCUUGCUGUUAUUCCCCGUUGCCAUGGUCACGGGACUGCAGAGUGACGGGAGGAUGCCAGAGGGGGCCAAGGGCCGUGCGCCUGGCCCUCCAGUUGGUAUACAGCACAGUUUUUCCAGACACUCACACACACACACACACACACACACACACACACACACACACUCCCUGGAACCCUCGAAAAUCAUCAGCCACAGACUGGCAUGCUCCUCAAGUCCCCGGAGCUUCCCACCUACCUUGCUGGGCCACGGGGCCUGGAACCCCUCAGCAGCUGCGGUCCCCAUCACCCCCCAGACUCUAUGUCCGGGAGCACCCCCAUCUUGGGCUCGGCUGGGUACCAGUCCGGGCCCUGACGGCCUCCCCUGGAGAUCUGCCCCCCUCCCCAGGUGCAAGGCCUCCUACUCCCAUCAGCUCACCUGGCUCAGGACGCACCUGUGGGGGGUCAGAGCGCUGACCUGGCUCAGGGGACCAGUUCAAGACCCAAAUCUGCCCUGCCCAGACACCCACCCCCUGGCCCCGCUCCUUGGAGGGCGCUAUGGCAUUUGGUGCCUGAACAAUGGAGGACACCAUGGGCCUCCCCACCUUGCGCCCUGGUGCUACCAGCAGGCACAGGGGCCGUGUCCGAGCGGGAGGCACAAAGCGGCCAGGACGCAGACGCCUGCUGGCCCCAGGCUGCCUCUGUGCCCAGAAUGCCCCGCCUUGUUCCAGGACAGCAUGGGGGUACCCCAGGACCCCCGAGACCUGGGGGAGGCAGCUGCGGGGUUCUGGUGCACCAAGCAAGACCUCAGUCCGCUUGCCCUUCCCUCCACACACACCCCCGCCCCACCCUUGCCUUGCCCAGGUUGCUCCCUCCUAAGGCUCAAGGGCCAAGUGCCCCGGGGCAGCUGCUGGCUCCCUCCCCAGUGUGCACUCCUCUGCCCUCCCCAGGCCCAGCUGAGUCAUGGACGCUCAGACAUUCCCAGGGCCUAUUUUCAGCAGCUUGUCCCCCGGGACCCCCGGCCUGCUCUGAGGUUCUGCCCCAGAGCGGGUCUGCUGGGCCCUCCGUGGCCGCUCCUUGGCCCUGAGGCAGGAGAAGGGUUGGGGCGCUGCACCUUCGCAGGAGGACUCUGCUCCUGACCACCUGGGC